AUGUCGCCCUCCUCGAGUCCUUCACUGCCGUUGUAUAAUGUGCACGACUCCCCGUCUCAGUCCCCUUACCUUCCAGAAACGAAGACACAGGAGUCUUCCUCUACCACUUCAUCCUACGCCUUCCUACAUCCUCAACAGGUCGCCGAUAGCCUAAACACCUCACUAACCCACGGCUUAUCUCCGGCCGAGGCUGAGAUCCGCUUGCAUCGAGAUGGACCCAACGAACUGCCUCGCGAAGACCCCGAGCCUUUGUGGCUUCGAUUUCUUAAACAGUUCAAAGAAACUUUGAUUUUGCUCCUGCUUGCGUCUGCCGGAAUAUCGUUCUUUAUGGGAAAUUUCGACGAUGCGGUCAGUAUCACACUCGCAGUCACCAUCGUGGUCAGUGUUGGAUUUGUACAGGAAUAUCGUUCCGAAAAGUCAUUGGAGGCAUUGAACCAACUUGUUCCUCAUCAUGCGCAUCUCAUCCGAGAUGUUACUGCGAAUGGCGCCAUGGAACAUGGAGGCUCACGAAACGGCGCAAUUGAUGCAGAUGCGCAAAUGACACAUGCAGAUGCUCCGGCUCCGAUUACGAAUGCUCUCAAGGCUUCCAGUACGAUAUUGGCGGGGAAACUCGUUCCUGGUGAUCUGGUUCUUUUCACAACAGGCGACCGCAUUGCUGCCGACAUCCGUAUCACGUCAGCUACUGACUUGUCUAUUGACGAGUCUAAUUUGACAGGAGAGAACGAACCAGUUCACAAAUAUGCAGAAGUAUUACGAGAUACCGCCAUUCCGACCAAAAACGAAGACUCCAACUCUCCAUUCGGCCAACUGCCUCAGUCAGGCCUUGGUGAACGACAUGUUCGGCUGAGCGAACAACACAACAUUGCUUUUAUGGGUACUUUGGUACGAUCCGGAUAUGGUCAAGGUAUUGUGAUUGCUACCGGUGCCAACACAGAAUUUGGAAGAAUUUCGGCAUCAUUACAAGAAAUCGAAAGCCCCAGAACGCCGCUUCAACUGUCGAUGGAUCGACUAGGACAAGAGUUGAGCUACGUUUCUUUUGGUGUUAUUGGAUUAAUUGUGAUUAUUGGGCUCAUUCAAGGGCGAAAAAUUUUGGAAAUGUUCACCAUUGGAGUAUCGCUAGCCGUUGCAGCUAUUCCGGAAGGUCUUCCCAUCAUUGUCACUGUGACACUUGCUCUAGGAGUUUUGCGUAUGGCCAAUAGAGGCGCUAUUAUGAGGAGACUGCCAAGUGUAGAGACACUGGGCUCAGUGAAUGUUAUUUGCAGCGACAAAACAGGCACGUUGACUAUGAGCCACAUGACAGUUACGAAGUUGUGGCAUCAUGACUGUCCAGAGCCGGUCGAGGUUAGAGAGGCAGUUUCAUCGGCGCCCGAGCCUGUUGUGCGAAAGAUGUUGCGCAUUGGAAAUAUCGCGAACAAUGCGCGACUCUCACGAGCACAUGCUGAUUCGCCCGCUAGUGCAGCUUCUGCUGCUGUUCUAUCUUCCACCAUGGAUAGCUCUUCCAGCCAUAGCCAAAGUAGAUGGGUGGGACAGCCGACCGACGUUGCGGUGCUUGACCUUCUUGAUGCCUACGGGGAGGACGAUAUUCGCGACCAAAUAAGCAACCGUGUUGCAGAGACGCCUUUCAGCUCGGAGAAGAAGUGGAUGGGAGUUGUGAUUGGUGGAGGAGAUAGCAGGGUGGCGUACAUCAAGGGUGCUUUAGAACAAGUACUGGGUAGAUGCGACACAUACUUAACUAAGGAUGGCCGAGAGGUGAUACUAGACGAACCGCGACGCAAAGCUGCACGGGAGGCCGCCGAGAAAAUGGCAUCAGAAGGACUUCGAGUUAUAGCUUUCGCCAGUGGACCGGUCAGAGAACCAAGCAGGCAUCUUAGGAGGAUAGGUAGCAGCCGCAGUGCGACCCCAUCACCAAAGAUUGACCAAMAAGCCGAUAACCACGACGAGCAGUUCAACGGGCUUGUGUUUGCAGGACUGGUAGGAAUGAACGACCCCCCGCGCAAGGAUGUUCGCAAGUCUAUUGGCAGACUGAUGUCUGGACAAGUCCGAGUGAUUAUGAUUACAGGAGAUGCGGAAACCACAGCAGUAGCAAUUGCGCGUCAACUUGGAAUAGUCGUUAAUGAUACUGCAGGAAGUAGGGCGGUUCUGCGAGGAGAUCAGAUUGAUCACAUGAGCACGGCCGAACUAUCACAUGCAAUCGCGACAACAAGCAUUUUUGCACGUACCACCCCUGAACAUAAGCACAAGAUUGUGCGAGCGUUACAGGCCCGAGGCGAUGUGGUGGCGAUGACCGGAGAUGGUGUGAACGAUGCACCGGCACUGAAAAGGGCAGAUAUCGGAAUUGCCAUGGGCAAGCUCGGCACAGACGUAGCCAAAGAGGCUGCAGAUAUGAUUCUUACGGAUGAUGACUUUUCGACGAUUCUUCGCGCGAUCGAGCAGGGCAAGGGGAUUUUCUACAACAUUCAGAAUUUCAUCACGUUCCAACUCAGCACUAGCGUGGCUGCUCUAGGUCUUGUCCUUUUAAGCACCAUUCUGGGAUUCCAUAACCCAUUGAACGCGAUGCAGAUUCUCUGGAUCAAUAUUAUCAUGGAUGGACCACCGGCUCAAUCCUUGGGUGUUGAGCCAGUUGAUCCAGCAGUCAUGAACAGCCCGCCACGACCGAAACAUGCACGGGUACUUACCCGACCUCUCAUUCAGCGCGUCCUUACUCAAGCAGCUAUCAUCAUGAUCGGCACGCUGAUUAUCUACGUGCACGAGAUGAGUGAUAUCGACGACAAACUCAACCCUGGCCACAUGUCUCGCGUCGUCACCAACCACGAUACCACAAUGACAUUCACCUGCUUUGUGUUUUUUGACAUGUUCAAUGCUCUAACUUGCCGAAGCGAAAGCAACGUUGUCGAUGUGACUACCAUCACCACUACGAUCACAGUCACCCCUAGCGUUGAUGCUAGUACUACGACACCCGUAGCAGAAGUAUUACCAAGUUCGUCUCCAUCAGAGCCUUCCCUUCACACCGAAGCCAGCAGCACUUCCUCCCCGGCMCCCGCCAGCACCGGCUCUGACACCGGUAGCGCAGCGUCGGUCACCAUGGCCAACGCUCAGGGGAGCAGCACAAUCUCGACCUCAAGAUCCCAUACUUCAACUUCAAAAACCACCCACACCAAAUCAAGAACCACAUCCUCACACCCAUCCAUUACUACUCAUGCCGUCAGCAGCACCUCCUCCCUAACACCCAACGGCAUCAAAGCCGGCAGCGCCGGCGGCGACGCCUACCCCUUCUGGUCCUCCCACAUCGGCUGGUGGUACGACUGGACACCGGCCCCUCUAAAAAACUACCCAGACAACACUGGCUCCCCAAUCCCCGUAGUCAUGCUCUGGGGCGACGGCACCGUCAGCAACGGGGACGCAUUACGCUACCAAGAAUUUCUAAACCUGACCAGUGCACCGCAAUAUAUUCUGGGCUACGAAGAGCCAGAUUGUGCGCCGCCGGAUUCGGCGGAUAUUGCGAGCGAUAAAGGCGCGGAGCUGUGGAAUGAGGUUGUUGCGCCGUGGAAGGGGAAGGGGAGUUGGUUGGGGAAGCAGUCGGAUGAAGAUUGGUUGACCCCCUUCGAAGAGAAUAUCACGACGUCCUGGGAUUUCACGGCUAUUCACAUCAACACGAUUAGCAUGGAUGUCGUCAACAAGGACCUCGAUUAUUACUGGAACAAGUACAACAACAAACCCAUCUGGGUCACCGAAUUCGCCUGUGUAGACACAUCGAACGGCUUCACCCCCAGCGAAAACCAGACUCAAAUCAACCAAUUCAUCGCCGACAUCGUCGAUCUACUACAAAAUGAUGAUAGAGUCCAUGCAUAUGCGUACUCGUCGGGGGCUGGGUUGGGGGAUACCUGGCCACCUGUCAGGAAUGGGAAGUUGACGGAGAGUGGGCGGGCGUAUUUGGAUGCUAUCCGUAAAUAUGCCUGA